AUGCGCCUCUCAACUCUCAUCCAAUUCAUCCUCCCAUCCACCAUCUUUGCCAGUCAAACUCCAGAUGCCUCUCAUAGCUCCACCUUCAACGUGACCGUCAUCAGCGCGCGCCACAAUCGCUCCACUCUAGAAUGCUGGGCUCUUAAGUCGGAAUUUGAAACAUCCGAUCAACCCGGCAUAGCCGGGAGCGCCUUGCUCGAUAUGGGGGUGAUUGGUGGGAACGCAUCAUUCACGGCUCUGCCGGCUGGGUUUGAUGGGGGGAGGCAUAACGCGCCUGCUUUGCAAUGGGUGAUCUUCCUCUCCGGCUUGGCGCAUAUCACGCUCCCCCUUUCCACGACCGAGGCUUGGGUGCAAGGUGGCAAGAAUGGAGCCAUUCUGGCCCUCGACACUGCUGAUGUCAGUGAAUUGGGCCACUUCACCACAUAUCCCUCGCAGGAGCGGACAACAGCGGUGCAGAUCCCUCUCGGGAAAGGGGUGCCUGCUCAUCGGGUGCUACACGAGGGUCCUUGUUCGGGGGAGGAAUUGCUGGUAUAA